AGUCGAAUGGUUUUACAGCACAUAUAUUGGUCUGUUGGGCUUUCAUACAUCCAUCACUGACCUGGUCUGAGGAUGGAGGAGAUACAAAUGCUGGGGGGUCAAAUAUCACUAUUGCCACAUAAUGCAUCCACCAAUUAAGUUUCUUUACAUACACUUUAGUAUCAAACAAUGUUGCCAGCUGAUAUUUCAGGCUGUUUUGAGGGAACAGUGAGGAUUUAUACAUUUAACACCUGGUCUGAGGAAUUUCAGCAGAUAUGUUCAUACAUUUAUUAACAACAUAUAGACUAAACUGAAAUAAAAAGGGGACGCAUUACUCAGCAGCUAAUGUCUUCUACAGAACAUCCCCCACACUUCUCAGUAAGAGCACUUCAAAUCAAACUGAAUGAAUCAAAAGGUGUUCUAGUACAUACUUUAUUUGAUUGACUUUGACCGGGUGAAUGUGGAAUAAAGUCUGCAUUUAAAAACCUCACGUUUCAAAUAAUAGUUUGCUAUUGCUGUCCGAAAUGCGUACAAACAACGAAAAAGAACAAGAGUUCACCCUUAGGUAUAUUGAAAGAUAAAUUAAAAGGGCUUUAUUUAAUUUAUUGAAUGGAACGGGUUUAUUUUCCAGAAUAUAACUUCCAUAUAAAGUUUUGUUUGUUUGUUUUUUAUUUUAUUGAUAAAUAACAUUAUUAUUGUGUUUAAAUGAUGACUGUCAUAAAGGCAAGAUGUUACACACUCCGGUACAGUAGGUGGCGGCAUGCACCUUACACGUUGGUUUGCAGUCCGCCAAGAAACUGAGAGAAGAAGAAAAAGAAGAAGAAAAAGAAGAAAAGGCAGAAAAAGUAGACUGUCAAUGAUUUAUAAAGGCUGGGAACAUUUAUGUUUGAACAGAGCAGUUUAAACAGACGGCCAGAUUAAACUGCAUCAGUGAAGAAGCUCCACUCCCCAAACAUGAAGAUCUUAAACAAAGACGAACUACAGAUCGCUGAAGGAGUUCUGCUAAAACACUUCCCCAAGAGCUUUAAGGUGUACGGCUUCAUAUUUGGGAUUAACAGGAAGAAACCAAGCACACUGGAGGUCAUCGUUGAUACGUGGCCUGAUUUUAAGGUUAUCAUUUGUCGACCUGACCCCAAGAACAAGCUCACCCUGGAGUUCAUGAAAAAGGUGACCUACUUCAGCAUGGAUGACCAGAUUUUAAGGAAAAUGCUGACAGAAGAGAAUGCAAUUGACUGGAGCACGUAUUUUUUAAUUGGUGGAUUUGAUGUUUCCCAUGAGACCAUGCUCAAAGAAGUGUCUUCUGACAGAGAAGUCAACAACAAAGUCUAUGCUUUGGUGCAUCUUCUGUAUUUGCCAGACAGCAGUCAUCUGCCCACACCAGCAGCUGACAGUGAGCUUGAAUCAAGGAUUUCAUCUCUUAACCUCUCCCACGUUGAAUUGGUGAAUAAAACCUCGAAGUUCGGAGGGAACAAGCUGGGUUACAUAAACAUUAAAAACCUCAUCAGCAACUUCCCUUCAUGCUGCAUCACUGACGGCCAGGGUCAGCCCGUGUCCUGGGUUCUGGUGUACGAUUACUGUGCGUUGGGCAUAUUGUACACUCUGCCAGAGCACAGAGGGAGAGGUUACGCCAAAGUCCUGGUCAGCACCAUGGCCAGGAGACUCCACACCGAGGGCUACCCAGUGUACUGCUUCAUAAAGGAGGACAACAUGGUCUCCUACAAGCUCUUUAAAAACCUUGGCUUCAUUGAGGACCCCUCAUACAGGGCAGCAUGGUUUGAGUUCAACUUUUGAUUUUGAAGCUUUUAUGAUUGAAUGUACAGCUGACACGUUAUCAGGUAAACGAAACGUUUUAGUGAAUGAAAAUGUGAUUAAAAUGUUAUGUUUACACAUUAUAUCGGCUCUCCAAAAAGCAUUGAAUCAAAACCUGGACUGUUAUAAUGGUGGUGUAUGUGAAAGAGGCAUUAACUGACACAAACAAACAAUAACAAUGUCAGCUUUUCAUAAUAGGUUCAGGAGUUUGGAGGAGAGCUCCGAAGUAAACCAAACCCUUGAUUCAUUCUUUGCUCUCUGUCAGCACUAAAUAAUCAUCAGAUGAUGUUCGUACAUCCUCUAUAGAGGCUGUCUAAUUGUAUGCAGGCCAGUGCAAUUAAUAUGGUUCCCCAAAAUAAAAAUCCCCAAAUUUCAUACAUUUUUCAUGUUUCAAAGAGAGUAUGUUUUUCUUUUCACAUUACUGUCUAAGCUGCAGUGUUCUCAGUGACAAUUUAGUUCAGGGUCAAGGACA